AUGCUGCUAGCAGCUAAUGAUGUAGUAUUAAUUACUCCAGUUCCCCCGCUCUCUAUCUUAUACAAGGGGAGGAGACCAACUGAAUCUCCUGUAAGACAUAAUCUUCCAGAGAUCAAUAAAUACCAGGAAGAUGAGAACCGGUUCUUCUAUACAUGCCUUAAAAUCUUCGACGACCUCGCGGCCGUGGCAGUCGAGGUGUCCGACAAUCUGAUUCUGCAGCAUGAAUUUGAACCAGAAGUCAGUCUGGUGGGAAACCGACGCAUCCCCCUUGGGAUGCGCAAGCUGCAAGAGACCCUGUCCAACUCGCACAGGAAGAAAGCUCGAGCCAGAGAAGAAUGGAACCAUUGCUUGAACCUGCUUCAUAUCCAUGCCCUGCUACCGCAGUGGAUAUGA